AUGUAUCAUUUUCGCGACUGGCCUUGGGGAAGACUCAUUUCUCGUGCGGGAGGCGCAGAAAUUUUAUUAUACGGAAUCACACACCAGUUUGGAAGCCGCUUCGAAAGUAUCGGCUCCGCGACUAACAUUCCAGACGGCGAUCAAAUUCACUGUCAUAUUGAACGCUUCGAAACAUAUAGAGGUGUAACCUACAUUUUUCGUGAUACUAGUACAUAUGGAACAUACAUUAACGACGAGUUAUACAAGCAUAAACCAAAGAUUCUUGAAGAAGGAGACAUGGUUCGAUUUGUGACGGAAAAAGCUUUCUUUAUAUAUACGUUUAAAGAGUAUAAACGGCCUGCUCCAAGACACCCGAAUCAGCCUGUAGACUGGAGUACUGUAGAUAUGAGCAAAAUCACACCUUUGGAGCUUGCGUUUCUAAUGAUUCCAGACAACUGGGGACAACGUACAUCAUCACCCGACGAUCAACCUUCAACGUCAAUGGAGCCAUACAAAUGGAAGGGCAUCGAGUUUCAAGUUCGAGUAUUGGUAGUCAUACGUGGCAAUCUUCAAAAGGAAAACCAAUGCAACGAGUACGAAAUCGGAUCAUUAGCAUUAAUACGAGUCGAUAGUCUGAGAUUUUCAUACGUGGACAUUUAUUAA